AUGCCAGGUCAUAAGCUUACGACACUGCUUGCACUAAGCGUGCUGGCGUUUAGUUGCUUGGUCGAAGGCCACGGCGGCUCCAAGCUCACGGCUACGGGCUCCGCCUCCAUCUUCUACUUUCUGGAUGGCAACUGCACGGACCGAGCUACCACCAGCAUCGACAUGAACGUCAACCUGACGCUGAAUGGACAGCCCUACGCUUUUAAGCAGGUUAACGGUUACGGCUUCAUCGGCAGCUGCAGCAAUCCCAACGACCUGUACCGCCACAACGCCUCACUCGGCGACAACCGCUUCAACCUGAUGUGGUUUCGGAGGGAGAACACCAACACCACGGAGGAAGGACAUUUGUCGGGUGCCGCCCCCAACGUGAUGAUCUCCCGUGCACCGCCCGCCACUGACGCCCUGCGGUCGCUGGUGCUGUUCCCCUCGCCAGCAGACAGCGACCCCCUCUGCUGCGACCUGGUAUACAACCCGCCACCGCCCGUGGACUUCUUCACCCAGGGCUCCUUCUGCCGGGUCCCGGCCCCACCGCCGCCGGCGCCACCCAGCCCGCUAACCCCAAGCCCCAAUCCGCCUAGCCCGCCGCCUCCAAGCCCCAAGCCGCCUAGCCCGCCGCCUCCAAGCCCCAAGCCGCCUAGCCCGCCGCCUCCAAGCCCCAAGCCUCAUGGCGACAGCCCCAGGCCCCGCCCUAGCCCCCGGCCUAGCCCCCGUCCUAGCCCCCGCCCUAGCUCCCGGCCUAGCCCCCGGCCUAGCCCUCGGACUAGCCCCCGCCCCAGCCCCCGCUCCAGCCCCCGGCCUAGCCCUCGUUGA